ACUAAUUAUGCCUGAGCCCAGCGUCAAAGCGCCCAAGAAGGGCUCCAAGAAAGCCGUCUCUAAGGCCGUCAGCAAGACCGGCAAGAAGAAGAGAAAGACCAGGAAGGAGAGCUACGCCAUCUACGUCUACAAGGUGCUGAAACAGGUCCACCCCGACACCGGUAUCUCCUCCAAGGCCAUGGGCAUCAUGAACUCUUUUGUGAGCGACAUCUUUGAGCGCAUCGCCGGUGAGGCCUCCCGUCUCGCCCACUACAACAAGCGCUCCACCAUCACUUCCAGGGAGAUCCAGACCGCCGUGAGGCUGCUGCUGCCCGGGGAGCUGGCCAAGCACGCCGUGUCUGAGGGCACCAAGGCCGUCACCAAGUACACCAGCUCCAAGUAAACCAUCCCGCUGCUGUAAUCCACUAAACCAACGGCUCUUUUAAGAGCCACGCACUUCAUCUAAAGAGGUCUUCCCGUUAUCAUCGAAACCCUUAUUAACGUUUAACACUGUAUAAACUAAUUUGAAGAAUUUUCAGGCUUACAGAAACAUUGAACUGCAAAGUAAAUGGGAACAGCAUAAGGUCCUAUACAGUGAAGUGAACACAAGCUCUAUAUGAGAAUAAGAUUAUCAUCACAA